AAAGAAACCCCAGCUCUCUCUCAAUCACUGAAGAUGGAGCAACCAAGAAGUGAUCAUGGAACCUCUGGGAAUCGUGACGACAGUAUCGAAAUCAAACCAGAAAACACGCCGAUCAUGUUUUCCGGCAAACGCUACAAACUCACAGGACCAGAUGUUGCUCUUCCAAUGGUAAUCAAACUCCAAAUCAACAACAACUCUGUUUUAAGAGUCUUCGUCAAUCCUGGAAAUCAAGCCGACAUUCUCUACAUGUCGGCAUUCGUGAAAAUGGGACUUUCAGAGUCAAUGCUGAAACCAUUGGAAGCAUAUCUCAAGGGUAAUUUUGGAGAUGGUGUACCAGUCAAAGGAUACAUCGAUUUGGACACUACUUUUGGUAAAGGAGUGAACGCCAAGCUGAUCAAGGUAAGGUAUGUAGUUGUUGAUUCAUUGUCUGCUUAUAAUGUUGUUAUUGGCAGACCUAGUCUCAGCGAUUUGAGUGCAGUAAUAUCAGUCGCUGACCUAUCCAUGAAGUAUCCCAUUGGAGAAGGCAAGGUUGGAGUUGUUACUGCGGAUCUUGACAUGGCCAGAAAGUGUCACGAAAUGUGCCCUUAUUAUGUUUAG